AUGGCUACAACUGCGCUGGAGCCGCAGCAAGAUCUACCACGUAUUGAGAUAUUCCCUACGCUGAAGGCGGUGACUGUUUUCAGGGACCGGGCACAACUUACUUACGUCGCCAACGCCGCGCUUACGGUUGGGACACAUAUCCUCUCCUUGAAGGGAGAAAAGGGUUGGGGGGGCGUCUUGGAGAACACACUCCAGAUUCGUCUGGAGGACGCAGCAAACCAGCCGGUGGUGAUGCGAGGGGUGCGUGUCAAGACGCACGUCAACAAGGAGGAUAUACGGGAGCGGGUCCGAGAGCUGGAGAAGGCACGAGAUGAAAAUUUGGAGCGUCUUAACGUUAUUAGCGACAAAAAUGCGGUUAACGACGCCAUUGAAAUUGCACUGAAAGAUAUGGAGAAUAAGCUGAACACCAUGGGGAAGCGUGACAAGGGACAAUACGCGCAUGUAAAUGUGGACCACAUGGCUCAGUUUCUUUCAAAGCCUGCAUCCUGGAAGGGUCUGACCCGUUUUAUUGCUCGCCGAAAGUUGCAAUUGGGACAGUGUCGUCUGACGCUCUUAGAGGAGGAGAAUGAGCUUGUGUUGAAAGAACAUAAAAUAGAGAAGGAUCUGAAUGAUCUAAAGUAUGACUUGUGCAACGAACGGCGAGAAAUGUCAGUUGAGCUCAUUAUUUCUGUCCAUGAACGGGCCGUGAAUUUAAAACUUUUUGUGAGCUUUGUAAUCAUGGGUGCUUCGUGGACUCCGUUAUACGACAUCCGCAUGAAUCGGGGACAGUCUGUAGUGGACGUUACAUACCACGCCCAGGUGUGUCAGAAGACCUCAAUGGAUUGGAAUAAAGUGCAAAUGAAGCUCAGUACAGCCACGCCCCACUUCAGUUCAGCUCCGCCCGAACUCUUGGAUUGGAAGAUCAGUUUGCAGCCAUCAGUGCGCCCUGGGCGCUCCAGUUGUGGCCUUAUGGCUCUAAGACUUCUUGAUGAACCGGGACUGACGCGGGCCAAUGUUGAUUCGCCAGUUCCCCAGUCUGCCCGGGUGGAGCAGGCGGAGGUUUCCUCUUUAUCUAGCUCGAGUACAUUUCAAAUUGUUGGUUUAGCCACUGUGCGAAGCGACAACAGACCGGUAAAGCUCACCAUCGCCGUAUGCACAUUUCCGGUGAAACGUAUGUAUCAUGCAGUGCCAAAAAGAACUCCGUGGACCUACCUCAUUAUCAAAGCGAAUAAUACAAGUCCUUACUUAUUCCUUGCCGGAAAGGCAAACGUUUUUGCGAACAACAUUUUUGUAGGCAAAUCGGAGUUUGGAUUUGUUCCUGCCGGUGCGGAAUUUACGACGUCACUUGGUACAGAUGAUGCUGUAAGCGUCACACGAAAAAGAGUGAAGCGAAUGGAGUCUACUGUUCGUGCCAUGUUGCGUAACCCACAAGUGAUCAUUGAAUAUGUAUAUGAAUUUACGGUGAAGGGUUCAUUGACGACAGAGGCGGCAUUGGUAGUAAAGGAUCAGUGCCCCAUAUCCUUGCAUAAUGACAUCCGAGUGAAGCUGAGAGAUCCGAGCAGGAAGAUGCUGGCGGACGGGAUGACAGCGGAGGGCAAUGAGUGCAGUGUGGAUAGUGAGGGCGUCGUGGAAUGGCAGUUGCAACUCCCUUCCGGUGCGUUCACGCGCGUCUUCCGUUUUGCUUUCCAGGUUGAAUACAAUGAGGAAAUGAAUGUUGUUGGACUUGAAGAAGGACAAUAG